ACUUGCAUAUUUAUACAAUUUUCUAACAAUUUUUAACGCAUAAACGGUAAUGUUAAAGAACACAGAGAUUAUUGUGCCCUCGGGUAGCAUGGAACGCAAUUUGGAGCCUUGGCAAAUAAUCAACUGGUCAGACGAUCAAUUACGUGCCAUCUACACCGAUUGGGGCAACUAUUUAGCUCUCAAACAUAACUUCAAAGCGGCCACUCGAUACCUUGAUGCAGCGCUGGAGAUACAGCCGAAUGAUCCAAUUGCGUUAAGCAAACGAAGUCGGAUCAAACGGUUGCAGGCGCAAGCACCUGACGCACUUACAGAUUGCAUUACAGCUAAAACAAUCCUCCAAGAAUCUAGUCCCUCGCGAUUGGGUACUAAAAAUUACUUGGAGAUUUGUUCUGCACUGUAUGAAUCCAAUCACUUUGAGCAAACCAAGAGAUAUCUACAUGAUCUCCUGCAGGGCCCUAACAACGAGGAAAAAAGUCCUGUGCUGAAGCAUAUACGAACGGUGAAUAGCAAUAUACAUGAUGCGCUUAAAGAAGAAGCUGCGCCGGCUAUUCGUAGACUUAUAGACAAAAUGACUUCACAUCUGGAUAAAAAGCCCACAUCUGUGAAGCCCGAGUGUGAUGUGCUUAGCAUUUUGGAAAAGGAGGAAGAGCUCCUCUCCCCAAUAGAGAUACAGCGUCGCAAACGACAAUUCAAGAUUUACAAUCAAACUUAUUUGCAGAAAUCAUGGAUGGACGUUAAUUUUCUUAAAGAUGUACGCGGAAAUCCAAAUCUGUUAUUGCAGCAAUGCCUUGAGUCAACGAAGGAAAUUGAAAAUCUUACUGAACAGAAUUACAAGACAGUGCGAACAUUCACGAAAAUGCUUCAUGCUCGCUGUCCCAUGUACAGUAGUCAUUUAAAAAAGCAUCCCAACAAGUAUUUACAUCUGCAGCAGGAGCAAGAUAAUCUCUUUCGCAUACAAUAUCAAACGAAACGAAAUAUGUUCAAAAUACUACGAACUAUUCGAAGUCUGAUACGCAAUCAGGAACUAGAAAAAUUGACUAAGUUUGUGGAUGAGGCAGCAUGAAAACGUUAACUGGGAGAAAACGCUUACUAACAUUGUUCAAUAUACCCAUCGAACCUGCUAGUUUCUCAACGGUUAAAGAGGAUAAUAUUUUGCAAAUAAGACGACAGGAAAGCAUAGAUCCCAUGGCAGAAUUGUACAA